AUGGCUGCUGCAAACUAUCUGCAAUCUGAAGAUCAGUUUCUGUGCUCCAUCUGUCUGGAUGUGUUCACUGAUCCUGUCAGCAUACCAUGUGGUCACAACUUCUGCAAAAACUGCAUCACAGAACACUGGAAUACUAAUGACCAGUACAAGUGUCCCCUGUGUGAGGAGGGUUUUACCACCAGACCUGAUUUGAGGGUCAACACUUUCAUCUCUGAGAUGGUUGCUCAGUUCAGACAGUCAGCUCAACAGAAAGCCAGCAGCAGCAGCUCAGAGCACCAAGUGUCCAAACCAGGAGAAGUUCCCUGUGACGUCUGCACUGGAACCAAACUGAAGGCCCUGAAGUCCUGCCUGGUGUGUCUGGUCUCCUACUGUGAGACUCACCAGGAGCCUCAUCUGACCACGUCAGGCCUGAAAAGACAUCAGCUGAUCGACCCUGUGGAGAACGUGGAAGGCAGGAUGUGUACGAAGCACGAUAAACCUCUGGAGCUGUUCUGUAAGACCGACCAGACAUGUGUCUGCAUGCUCUGCACUGUUUUAGACCACAAGAUGCAUGAUGUUGUUCCUCUGAAAGAAGGAUAUGAAGGAAAGAAGGCCAAGCUGGGGAAGACAGAGGCUGAAAUUCAGCAGAUGAUCCAGAAGAGACGACUGAAGAUUCAGGAGAUCAAACACUCAGUCGACCUCAGUGAGGAAGAUGCAGACAGAGAGAUAGCAGAAGGUGUUCAGGUCUUCACUUCUCUGAAGGAGUCUGUUGAGAGAGGCCUGAAUGAGUUCAUCGACACGAUCAAAGAGAAGCAGAAAACAACAGAAAAACAGGCCAAAGCUUUCAUCAAAGAGCUGGAACAGGAAAUCUCUGAGCUGAUGAAGAGAAGAACUGAGGUGGAGCAGGUGUUACGCUCUGAAGACCACCUCCAUCUUCUCCAGAGUGUCCAGUCCCUAAACAUCCAGCAACCUCCACCCACCAAGGACUGGACAGAGGUCAGCAUCCGUCCAUCAUCAUAUGAGGGGACUGUGGUGAAAGCUGUGGUUCAGCUGGAGGAGACACUCAGUAAACAGAUGAAGAAGCUGCUUGAAGCCGAGGUGAAGAGGGUUCAGCAGUAUGCAGUGGAUGUGACUCUUGAUCCUGAUACAGCACAUCCUAAUCUCAUCCUGUCUGAUGAUGGGAAACAAGUGAAUCACGGUGAUGUGAGGAAGAAUCUCCCAGAUAACCCAGAGAGAUUUUCUAAGUGUGUUUAUGUUUUAGCAAAACAGAGUUUCUCUUCAGGCAGAUUUUACUUUGAGGUUCAAGUUAAAGAAAAGACUGAUUGGCCUUUAGGAGUGGCAAGAGAGUCGAUCAAGAGGAAGGAAGACAUCACACUGAGCCCUGAGAAAGGUAACUGGAUGAUAUGGUUGAGAAAUGGAAAUAAGUACGAAGCUAAUGCUGGCCCUCCAGUCCGUCUCUCUCUGAAGUCUCCUCCUCAGAAGAGCCGGAAGCUGUUGAGCGGAGCCAAGUUGACGGUGUUUGUGAUGCUGAGGAGAGAGCAUCCUCCGCGGCAGGUCUCCACACAGGCAGGCCGUGUGUUUAGGGACAUGUGA